AUGGACAGCAGCCCCCUGGAGCAGCUGGACGCCGCCGGCUUCCUGCACAUCUGGCAGCGCUUCGACGCCGACGACAAUGGUUACAUAGAGGGAAAGGAGCUUGAUAAUUUUUUUCAUCAUCUACUGAAGAAACUGGGCACAUCUGAUGCCAUAACAGAGGAAAAGCUUCAGAGGGUGAAAGAACGAUUCAUGUCUGCCUACGAUGUCACUGCAGAUGGACGUUUACAAAUACAUGAGCUUGCAUAUAUGAUCUUGCCAGAGGAUGAGAACUUUCUGCUGCUUUUCCGACGGGAAACACCCUUGGACAACAGUGUGGAGUUUAUGCGGAUUUGGCGCAAAUAUGAUGCGGAUAGCAGUGGAUUUAUUUCAGCUGGCGAGCUCAAAGACUUCCUGGGAGAUCUCUUUUUGCAGCACAGAAAGAUGAUUCCUGAGGCAAAGCUGGAAGAAUACACUGAUACAAUGAUGAAGAUCUUUGACAAAAAUAAAGAUGGACGAUUGGAUCUGAAUGACCUGGCAAGGAUUUUGGCACUCCAGGAAAAUUUCCUCCUUCAAUUUAAAAUGGAUGCUUGUAGUAAAGAAGAAAGGAAGAACGAUUUUGAGAAAAUCUUUGCACACUACGAUGUUAGUAAAACAGGAGAACUGGAAGGUCCAGAAGUGGAUGGGUUUGUCAAAGAUAUGAUGGAGCUUGUCAAGCCCAGCAUUAGUGGUGUGGACCUGGAUAAGUUCCGUCAGAUUCUGCUCCAUCACUGUGAUGUGAACAAGGAUGGAAAAAUUCAAAAAUCUGAAUUAGCCUUGUGUCUUGGGCUUAAAAUGAACCCAUAG